UGGCCAGCUGAGCUCAGUGACUCUGGGAUUUACUCAUACAAACUUAGACUUGCAGGCUAGAGGCAGCCAGUGAAUAUUUACCAAAGCAACAGAAGAUCACAUCAAGCAAAGAAGAUGCUAUUUAUGCGGUACCUCUCUGAUUAUCAACUGAAGUCCGAAAAGAAACCAAUGCUUACUUUUUGUUGGAUCCUGCUUUUGUUGAUCAGCAAAGCUGAGUUCAGCCUGUUGGGAUGUCUUCACAAAGAAUUUGAAAAGCAUUACCGUGCAAUUAAUAAUAAGGAAAUGGUCUUACAAUGCCCUCUACCAUCUCAAAGCUACACCCACAUUUUCAACAACUCACUUACAUAUAAAAAGAAAGUUGUAUGGUUCCGGCAACAAAAAGAACUGCCGGAGGUUAUUGGAAAGGAAAGCACUAAUCCCACUCAAGAAGGGAAUGCACUUUGGUUCAAACCAAUACGAAAUAAUGACUCAGGAAUAUAUAUUUGUAAGAUAAGGGAAGAAGCCUCAUGUUUCAAAAUUAUCAUAGAGGUUCAAGCAAAGAGUCAGGCAAGGUGUUUUGACUAUGAGACACACACACUGUCUCUCAUCGCUGGAAAGGGGGAUUCAAUUUCUUGUCCUGGGCUAAAAUGUUACGGUCAUUUAAACAGAUCACAGGUGACAUGGUACAAGAAUGGAAAAUUACUAACAGAGAAGACAUUUAGACAAAGUCUAAAACUUAAGGGUGAUAAAAUCAACUUGCUUACCAUCUAUGACAAAGAUGCUGGUGUGUAUGUAUGUGAUUACAUGUUAUUUGUCAAUAAUACCAGAUGGACAAUGAGAACAGUAGUUAAAGUGAAUGUCAUUGCACCAAAUACCAUCUAUGCACCAAAAAUGUUGUCUCCCAAGGGUGUGAAGAUCCUUGAAGCAGAACUUGGAAAACCAAUUGAAAUGGAAUGCAAAGUCCAAUUUGGCUAUGAAAGAGACGUCAUACCCAUGAUAUCAUGGAGCAGACACAGCCAAGAAGGAAAAAGUGAGGAGCUUGAACAGAAGCAAAUAAGGGAUGAGAAAAAUGAAUUAGUGGGAGAAACAGUUAUUCAUAUAGCCAAGCUGAGGGAAGUAACUGAAAGGGACCUCAACAGCAACUUCACAUGCAUUGCUCAGAAUUCUGUGGGAAAGUCUACAGGAGUGAUCAAGCUAAAAAGAAAGGAAAGAGUGCAUUUCUUAUACAUCUUAUCUGGUCUGAUUUCAAUGUUACUUGGACUCCUUGUGAGCAGUGCUUUUAUUUAUCAGCAUUGGAUUGAAAUAGUGCUGAUGUACCGAAAUUACCUGGUCAAGGAUGAAACUAUAGGAGAUCACAAAGAGUUUGAUGCUUUUGUGUCCCAUGCAAAAAUGGGCUCCUUUGAAAGUGAUUCCAGUUUUGUCAAUGAGGAACAAUUUGCCCUGGAUGUUCUUCCAGAGGUGUUAGAGAAGAAACAUGGAUACAAACUGUGUCUCCUUGAAAGGGAUAUUCUUCCAGGAGGAGCUUAUACUGAUGAUGUUGUAACUGCUAUUAAACAAAGCAGACGAACUAUAAUUAUUUUGAGCCCCAGCUAUGUCAAUGGACCAAGCAUUUUUGAACUGCAGGCAGCAGUGAGCUGUGCUUUAGAAGAUAGCACAAUAAAACUGGUUUUAAUUAAGUUCCAGGCUUUCCAAGAGCCAGAUUAUUUACCUCCAGUAGUGAAGAAAGCUCUUCGGAUUUUACCAGUGAUUACCUGGAAGUCUUCUAACUGGACUACUCCAAACAAAAAAUUCUGGAAAAAUAUACAAUAUUAUAUGCCGGUGAAGAAUACUGAAGGGUUGGGGAAAAAACAGACUAAAGGUUUCCUCCAAAGGUUAUUCAGCAUGGAUUAUUAAUAGCAUAAAUACCACUGAAGGAAGCCAGCAGACUUAGAAGAACUUCUUAUAU